AUGUCCCAGAUCAUAAUUAACGGAUCGGUCUCAUCAAAGACCGACAAAUCAGUUUCUAAAUUGUCUGUUCAAAGAACUUUAUCUCAUGCUGACGAUAUCUUACCUCAGAUUAGAUACCAAAACCAUUACCAGUUAGCAAUCAAACAUUAUCUCAACAGAAACUUUUCACAAGCAUGGAAAAUAAUCAAUCCUCUUGUGGAUGGGUUUUUGAGAAGUGGCCAGACUAGGGCAAAAGUGGGAAAUGAACUUGUGAUCAAGAUUUAUAAACUUUAUCUAUCUCUGGUAGAUUUGAAACUGAAGGAGCAAAUGGAGAUACGUGACCAUACAUCAUAUGUGGAUAAUAAUCUUGAACAAGCUUUUAUGGAUGGCGUUUUAUUCAAUAAUAUAGUGCGCAUUUAUCAUGGAGAUUACUUUGCAAUCGAUUCAGAGCUCGCUCUGAUGUGCUUCAUCAUUGAACUGUCUAAUGGGUUUCCCACGAUUGAUUUGGGGAACCAGCUAGAAAAGUAUCUCAGGUACACAUCGGUAUUACCUAGAGGAGAUGGCUUAUCGCAGAGCACUGCAAAGAGAGAAAAGAUUGUUGAGCUAUAUCUUCUCCAUAUCCUUCCAAAGUUGAACGAGAUAUCAAAAUCCAAGGAGUUGGUACAUCAGUUAUUCUCAUCUGACUCAUCAAAAGUACUUCUGUAUCUCAAAAAGCUGGACCAAACUUCUGUAAGACAGAAGCAGUCAAAAAUCAAUAAUCAACUCGACUCUCAAAAACGCAAUGAUCGCAAUAAAAGUAAGAUAGACAGAAAUCGAAAAGAUAGCAAGCAUAUGACUUCUGAUAAACCAAAGCCUAAAGAAAAUGUUUCUGACGUAAAGACAAAUUCGUUGGUUUCAUCUCUCAAGAGUAUUUUCAACUCUCACGGAUAUGGUGUUAUAAAAAAUAUUACUGGGACAUCAUUGAUAUUGGUUUUCGUCAUUUGGAUUCUCCGCUUGCUUUCACGAAAAAAUUCGAAAUUGAGACGUCUUGUUGGUUGGCUUAUUCGAACGUUUGGAGAAACUCUGCAAAUGGCAUUUCGGGUUACCUACGUGUGA